AUCGACAACUAGGACUGAUCAGGCAAGCAGUGGAGCAGGAAGCUACAGUGGAGUGAGGUGGCUCUUGAGAGAGUGACUACAGUGACAUGCUGAGACCCAACAGUGUCUUCGGCCUUGAACUCAAAGGAAAUCUUUAUAUGAAACCUGUGGGAUUUGUAUGGGAGCCUGAGGCAGUCUUUUAGAACUUCACAACUUCACAAAGGUGCUUGAACCUACAGUUCCUCUGUUCUUUAAAGAAGCAAUGGUAUUGACUUCAACAACAUGAUUGGGUAGCUUCUUCUGUCCACCACUUUUGGGGAAGUGAGCUCCUUCGCCUCAGCUAGACCUGUGAACCUCCAAUUUUCUUCUGAUUCUUCAAAUAGAAAAAUGAUAUUCACUAGAAAUUCCAGAUCGAUUAAUAUAACUUGGGCAUGAAGAGACAGAUUUUUUUGUUUUCUGUUGUGUGAUUACAGCUGAUCAGUGGGGCAUCCCUCAUGGCUCCUGUAGGUGAAGGCCUGGAGCUCUGGGCCACAGUGAGGGAUCUACCCCAGGAACUAACAGUCAUUUCCUUCUCAGCCCUUUUUAUCUUCCUCAUCCUUCUCAUCCUCUGCACAACCUGUGGCAGGCAAUCUUUUGAGUUGAAGGACACCACUAGAACUGAAAAGCCAUCUUCUCAGCUGGUUAGAGUGAUCAAACUUGAAGAUUCAGGAUCCAGAAUAAAUCCAGACCUCAAGAGAAUUAUGGACGAUGAGAAAGAUAAUACUCCUAGAAUCACAAACCAGAGGAAACCUAUUGAUUUUGGAAUUGAAGAAAUAUUUAACUGUAGUGAUACUGCAGAAAAGCAAAUCUCAGCAUCUCAAAGGAAUUCCAUUGAAAUGGAUGUAAGUCUUGAAACAGCUACCAUAAUCACUCUACAUAAGGAAUUUACACAAACUUCUGACAACAUCUCUAUUGGAAAAGGCCAACUAUUCAAUGGCAGAAGGGAUAAAAUAGAAGGGACACUUAAAAAAUAUACAGAUACAAAUUUGAAUGUUUCUGGGAUACAUCUAGAAAAACAGAACCUUUCUGCUGUCCUACAAGAACCUGCCAGUCUUCAUAACAGCCCAUCAGCAAACACUGAAAAAAAUCAAAAAGCUCUUUUAUCCAAUGACCAAAUUUUUUUCAACAACCACAGCUCCAGCUUCAACUACAGUCCAGGGUUUCCUAGAGAUUAUCUGGACCCACCCUAUGAAAGCAUUGCUGAAGUGAAAGAAGCUGCUUCCAGACUCAAAGAGUCUGAUUGCCCAUCACUUAACAGAACAUUAAUAGAGUUACAUAGCCCCUUACAUCCCUCCUUCUGGGAGGAGUCAGAAGACCCAGAUUACCAUACUGUUGAGGAUCUGAGAGAAUCCAAUUGCCUCCCACCUCUUCAGGAUUUAAACCAGAUCACUGUGAAUGUGAUGUCCGAUAUAGAACUUGAAAAAUAUCCUGAAGAGGGUGGCGAGAAUCUUCAUGCAUUAUAUGCCACAGUCAGCAAAAAGAGUAAGGCACUGCCCAAGCAGGAGACCUCCACUGAAGAACCAGACUGCCAUCCUCCAGAGGAAGAAGAGCCUGCCCCUCCAGUGCCAGAAAAGAGGUUUGAUAUUUGACCCAGGUGGUAAAUAGAUUUUGUUUUCAACUGGCCAAACUUCUUUUUAGGCCAAUCAGAUGGCUUUACAAGGAUCAUGAAUGUGGAGACUGAAUAUCUGAACCCAUAAAAGCAGACAUACUCUAGAGAUCUUAUUGGUAAAUUAGAAAAUUAGAGCAGGAAAUGUUCAUGAUCUGUGAAGAUAUGCAGUCUAUGCUGCAGUAAACUUAUGAGUUUUCACUUGCUUUAAAAAUUAACCAAACACUUCUUUAUGUUAUAAGUACAUUUUACAAAAGAGCUGUAUAUUCAAGGACUUAUUAUUCAUGAACUAACACAUGUUCAGGAAAGAUAUAACAGAAGUUAUAACCACAAAUUGAUGUUGCAGUGAUAGAAAGGGUUGUAAAAGCACAGUCAUAUUUAAUGGGUGAGAAAAUGAAUGAUACACAAUUCAAUUCUGGCUGCAGCACACUGAUGAAGUCAAAACAGUCACUCGUCUGUUGUAUUGAGAAAAAGGGUAAAGCUCUUCAGCAGGCAUUUUCAAUGCCUUUUUUUCCCUCUGCAUUGAGAGUAAGAAGAGAAAUCCCUCUCUAUCCAAUGUAAAACAGCACAUUAUAUCUUGUACUAAAUGCUAUUUGUUUUGUGUCCAACUUUCCUAUAGAACUUCAGGGUUUUUGGUAGGACAAAUUGAACUUUGCCUCAGAAUAAAAGCACUUUGACUCAGAAAAAUCACAAGGGGGAUGACUUCUCCAUUUAUGUAGAACAUAAGCUAGUGGUACAUAAGCUACUAGUAACAGUCCCCAUACUCACACAAAUAUCUGCUUGCUAACAGCGACUCCAACUACUUGCUAAAGUAGUCCAUGGCCAUAGGAUAUAUUGAUUACCAAAUUAAGAGCAUUGCGAGGAGUCCAAUGUGUCUGCCCCCUGACAUUCCAAGCACUUCCCACCUGGAACCACUGUAGUGAGGAAUAAAGGAAAUAUUUCAGGCAUUCUUGAAAUAUUCUUGUGACUUGUCCUUCAAAGUGCUGUAGCAGAAGACCAGACAAAACUCAUCUAGAAACUACCAUCUUACAGGACUCAAUCAUACAAUUCUUUGUGUAUUUGUGAUUAAGAAAACACAGAACUCGCUCACGGGUUUUCAGAUUUAAUGUCAUUAUAUAUUUUCAAAAUUAUUCUUAGAAGAAUGGACCAUGUCUCUUAUUCAUAGAGAAUUUGUGGAAAGACCAUCAAAUUGGUAUACUGCCCUCCAUAUCUAUCGCCCUCUGUAUCACUCAGUUAAGUGACUGUUUUAUUGUACCUCUUUCAAGUCAAAGUGCUGCUUAUUCCUUGCCUGUUGCUUCUUUUACACUUCUUUUAUUUUUUUUCUAUAUGGUAUAUAUUUUAUCAGGGACACUCAGCAGCGUUAUUGUUCUGUAGUUCCUGCAUUCUAUAUUAUCCCAUGUUUGCUUUUAUGAGUAUGAUUCCUUUACCACAGCCAUCCAGGAUCUCAUUGUCAUUUAUCUUUUUAAUCAGUCCCUCCACUGUAUUAUCCUUAAUACCAUUACUGCUCCUCCUUUCAACAUCUCUGUUGUUAUUCCAUCUGUUAUAGGUGUUUUAUUCCUUCUCAGCUCUUUUAUCUCUUGUUCUACGUCCUCUGUCAGAAUACAUUCUGUAAUCUGUUAGCCAUUUCUGACCAAUACUUCAAUAGAUUUUGAACAACUUUGAUUUGGCACUUGUACAGUACCUUGAAGUGAUUCUUCCAUUGAGAUGAUGUGAUGUACUGCAGGUUGUUACUGUAGGUGAUGAAUGUGCCUGUGAGACUGAGCACCUGAUUCUGUCAAUAAUCUAUAUAAGAGGGUUUCUGCAGAAAUGAGUUUUCCACUUUGCUUAUCAGACUACAUGAUAUAAUAUGGAGAGAUCACACAGAGAAUGUAGUCAUAAAUAUUUGUUGUUUUGUCUUGUGGUGUCUUUUAAUUUAUUUUUACACUUAACCCUCUUACCCUCUUACCCUUACGCUAGUUAUCAUGCCAUUGUACUGUAAUACAUAAGUGGUUGAGUGACAUAGUUGCAUGAUGCCAUCUGUAACAACAUUAAGUCUUGUGCCCUGGCAUCCUUUUCAUUAGAAAUAAACCUCAGCCUUAAUCUAACCUAAACACACAAAGACACCUCAUGAGUACAUUUUGAACAAAGGUAAACCCAUAUCAUAGGAACUCCUCCUUAUGUUAUCUAUUCUGAAGAAUUUUGUCCUUGGGCUCACAUAUUCACUUCUUCAAACUCUGAUACAUAAGUCAGUGGUUUUAUUUGAUAUGUGGCUAGUUGUUUCUAUUGGUCCGCUUAUCAUUACCAUUAUCCCAAAGAAAUAAUAGAUUCAGCCACAUGGGAUGUUGUCUAACUUAAAAACUUACUUUUUCAUGAUUGCUUUGUGAUUUCUAUUUGCUUUGUUUUUUUUAGGAUUUGUUGUGUUUUUCAACUGUAUUUAAUUGUUCUAUGUGCAUUUUUUUAUAUUUUAAAGUACAUUGAUAUUAUUAAUUUAUAAGGCACUAUAUAAUUUUAGGAUUAUUAUUAGAGAGUGACGUUGCAGGAGAGAUGGGAUAUAAAAUUAAAGAAAUGGUUAAAGCAACUUACAAGCUACAUCUUAAAAAGCAAACACAGAAAUCGUGGGUAGCAUGCGUAGGCUGUAAAGGAACAAGUAAUAGGUUUAUUCCAUGCU